UUGGUUGUGAGGAAGCCGGAGCCAAUCAGAAGUGAAGAUCCCUGAUCCUGGGGCGGGGCUGGAGCUUCGGCGGUUGAACCGCUCGCGCGGAGGGUGGCGGCGGAGAAGUGACCCUGACCAUGGACCAGCCGGCCGGCCUGCAGGUGGACUACGUGUUCCGGGGGGUGGAGCAUGCCGUGCGCGUGGCGGUGUCGGGGCAGGUGCUGGAGCUGGAGGUGGAGGACCGGAUGACGGCUGACCAGUGGCGGGGCGAGUUCGACGCCAGCUUCAUCGAAGAUUUGACUCACAAGACGGGGAACUUCAAACAGUUCAGCAUCUUCUGUAACAUGCUGGAGUCGGCCCUUACCCAGAAUAUUCAGGUCACAGAGAAAUGUAAAGAAGAAAGAAAAAAAUCACUCCAUACGCUCCUGAGCAGCGAAUCAGUCACCCUUGACCUGUUGACCUACACAGAUCUGGAGUCCCUGCGGAACCGCAAGAUGGGGGGCCGCCCAGGUCCCUCGGCCUCGAGGUCGGCCCAGCUCAACUCGAAGCGCUACCUGAUUCUCAUUUACUCCGUGGAGUUUGACAGGAUUCACUACCCGCUGCCCCUCCCGUACCAGGGCAAGCCGGACCCCGUGUUCCUUCAGGGCAUCAUCCGCUCACUGAAGGAGGAGCUGGGCCGCCUCCGAGGGCUGGACGGCCAGGACCCUCGGGACACCCGGGAUGCUGAGAUCUGGCACCUGCGGGAGCAGGUGUCCCGCCUGGCUGCUGAGAAGCGAGAGCUGGAGGCCCAGCUGGGCCGAUCGCGGGAGGAGGCGCAGGCCGGGCGGGCGGCGCGCCAGGAGGCCGAGUCGCUGCGCGGGCUGGUGCGCAGCCUGGAGCUGGAGCUGCGGCAGGAGCGCGGCCUCGGGCCCCGCGGCGCCGGCCGCCGCAGCCAGGACUGCCGCCGCCUGGCCAAGGAGCUCGAGGAGGUGAAGGCGUCCGAGCGGAGCCUGCGCGUCCGGCUGAAGUCGCUGAACUGCGAGCUGGCGGCGUACCGGAGGGGGAGACGGGCCUCGCCGGCGGGGCCGCGCCCAGCCCGGGAGGACCGCGCCUCGUCGUCCAGGGAGCGGUCCACGUCGCGGGGCCGCGGCGCCGCCCGCUCGUCCUCCCGGGAGAGUGGCCGCGGGGGCCGCGGGCGAGGCUGCCCCGCGCGCACCUCGCCCUCGCCCUCAGGUGGUCGCCUGCCCCGUUUUGACCCCACAGCCUUUGUGAAAGCCAAGGAGAAGAAGCUGCGGGAGAUCAAGAUGAAGCAGCAGCAGCAGCAGCGGCGGCAGCGGCACCGGCUGGGCAGCGGAGGAAGCGGGGACGGGCCGGCCAUCUCCUGGGCUCGCCAGGCUCGUCCCCCUGCUGCCGUGACGGGCCGAGGGGACGCGGCUAACCGCUCCCGAAACCGCAGCUCCUCGGUGGACAGUUUCCGCAGCCGCUGCUCCUCCGCCAGCUCCUGCAGCGAGUUCGAGGAUUUCUCGGGAUCCCUCUCUAGGGGCAUUCUCAGCCGCGGGAAGCGGUCCGGAUCGGCAACCAUGAGUGGGUCCAACACGUUGCAGAAGUUCACUCCCAUGGAAUGCGGCCGCCGUCCGAAGCAUCUGGCCACUUCUGGGGGCUGGGUCCCCAUCAAAGAGUACAGCUCUGACUACCAGUCAACCGACAUAGCGGAGAUAGACGCCCGUUUGAAGGCCUUGCAGGAAUACAUGAACAGACUGGACACAAGGUCAUGACCUUGAGGAGCACUGCCCCUCCAUCCCUUGCCCACCCAUGGAUUGGCUGGGGGCGGGGCUGCUGUGUCCUCUCAGCCCCGCCCAGGCCCCUACUCCUCUCACUCUCCCAGGCAUUGCAUGCUGGGAGGGAAGGUCUGUGUAUUUUGUAAAUAAACAUAUUUACCCUUGGGA